AAUGACCGCCGCCACCGCUACCGCCAACGGAAAUCACUCAAUCGAGGAUCCAGUCGUCAUGAAAGUCCAGGCCGCUUCACCAAUCCAGGAAACUGAUUUUUUCGAGAAUCUCUAUCAAAUGGAAUGUUUUCGCACUGGGGAGUUCUACCUCAAAUCUGGCCAGAUGACUCCAAUCUACAUAGAUCUUCGCAGAAUAAUGAGCUCUCCUCGUGUGCUCCGAAUGGCUGCUCAAGCUAUGUGUGAGAAAAUUGUCGCCUCAAACCUCAAAUUCGAUUAUGUUGUUGGAGUACCAUAUGCUGCCCUUCCACUUGCUACCCUUGUAUCUGAUAUUCUCAAUGUGCCGAUGCUUAUGAAAAGAAAAGAAGCCAAAGCCUACGGAACAAAGCAACUUAUCGAAGGAGUCUAUCAGCCUGGUGGUACAGUACUUCUUGUCGAAGAUGUCGUCACAUCAGGUGAAUCAAUUCGUGAGACAGCAGAAGCAAUUCGCAAUGAGAAUCUGUUGGUCACUGAUGCCAUAGCUGUUUUGGAUAGACAACAGGGAGCAACUGCCAAUCUCGCAGAAGAUAAUCUUAACUUCCUCAGCUUUUUGACAAUGGAGAAGAUCCUCGACGGCCUGAUCACGAAAAACGAGAUGACCGAGGAACGAAAGCACGAGAUUAUUGCUCAUCUUGCUAAACCUUUCUAAAAAUUUCAUUGUUGCACCCCAUAUUCUACCAAUUUGUGAACUUGUUUUCUCAUUUUCAUAAUAUUCCAAUAAACUUCCUUGUUAGCACACAUGCAUCGCAUCACAUAAAACAAGAAAAUUGAUGGACCAAUUUAAAAAAUGGAAAAAAGGUUUCAUUAAAUUUUUGUUUAGCGUUUUAUGUGAUGUUUUGUGUGUUUAUAUUUUCUUCUCAUCACUUUCUACCAUGUUUGCUGAAUAAUUUUCAUUAUUUUUUGGCUUGUUGAUUCCUUCCCAAGUUGUGAUAUAUCCUGGUUUAAUUCUUCUUCCGCAUGUCUUAAUAAUUUUUUUUUUUGGAAUUUAGCUAAAGCAUAAUCAAAUCUUCUCAUGUUCUUUCCCUGAAACGAUUUCAAGUGAAUAAAACCUUUUCCAAA